CACAUCACACAGACGGCUUUCCAAAGCAACAACUUAACACGACAGACGCCAAAGCAUUAACAUCUCUCUCUCAUCGGAGGGAGUUCAUUAUAUGGGAUUCGGCCCUCUCGGGGAGUUCACGUGCCGCCACCCAACCGAGGAGUCCUUUCAUCACAGGGCAGCGGCGCUAAUUGCCGAGCCAGAGAGGCGCUGAAGUGGAAAGGUGAUUAAAUGCAGCCUUUAGAGCGGAGGGCAGCGAGCAAAACGAGCCCACACCGACGCUGACGCAGUAGAGCCCACCCUUAACACCCCUCCUCCCACCGCGAGUGCCUGCGCACAUGCAUAUAUGUGUGCGUUUGCGUGGCUGUGAAAGGCUCAGACACCGUUGGCAGCGCACACUGCUCCCGCGCUCCAUGCCAGCGCCGCUCAGCUGCGCUCCUAUUCGCCCGCCCGCCCGCUCACGCGCACGCUCCCCACACACUCCGGCAGGCUGGGUGUGAGGCACGGCAUGGAAUGGAACCUCAGAAGGAUGGAGAGUGAACUGAGACAGAUCAAUCCGGACUUGCUGCAGCCCAGCAAGAGCUUCAAGAAACCUUCCUCCGGCACCAUCACCAUCAAUGUGGGGGGCUACCUGUACGCCGCGCAGCGCCAGACCCUGGCCAAGCACCCCGGCUCCCUGCUGGAGGAGAUGGUGACGGGGAAGAAGCCCGUGGUGCACGUGGACUCCAUGGGCAACACCUUCAUCGACCGCGACGGGCCCAUCUUCCGGCACGUGUUGAACUUCUUGCGCCUGGGCGAGCUGGUGCUGCCCGACGACUUCAAGGAAGCCGAGCUGCUCCGGCGCGAGGCCGACUUCUACCGGCUGAGCGAGCUGGCCCAAGCCCUGCAGGACUGGGAGCAGCAGCAGGCCACGCAGCGCGAGCCCGCCUUCCUGGAGGUGACGGACAGCCACGAGCGCUCGCAGGGUCUGAGGGUCUACUGCAGCGACCACGGCUUCAUCGAGAAGGUGAAGAACCGCCUGGUGCAGAUCUCCAAGAGCCGCCUGGACGGCUUCCCGGAGGAGUUCGAGGUGUCGUCCAACAUCAUCCAGUUCCGGCACUUCAUCAAGUCGGAGCAGGGCUCUCGGCUUGUGCUGAAGCAGGACAGCACGUUUUUGUGUACGCUGGAGUGCCUGAAGCUGGAGACGGUGAUGCUCGCGCUCAAAGGAGGCUUCCGCCUGCUCACCAGCCUGGACAGCAGCCGUGGAUCGGUGGUUCAGUGCGAGGCUCUGCAUUUUGUCAAGUGACCCCGAGCACAACGGUCACCACAUGACCUGCUGUAAAACCACCCUGCGUCAACAAACACCAGCGUCCUCAACCGAAAACCUGUUCUGGAAUACUCUACGCUAACUGCUUCAACGUGACACACUCCGACAGACAGCCUUGAGAGAGAGAGAGAGAGAGAUGAUGUGUACUGUGCUGUGGGGUUUUUGUUUGGACUGUGUUUGUAGUCGUCUUCUGUUUACAGAUGAAGAGCAACAGUUUGUGGUGUAGAUGGAGAUGAUAAUAAAUCCGAGUUGCAGAGUACUGUGGAAUCUAAAGGCAACGAUCAUUACAUUUGUGAGCAAGUUUUGUGAUUUCUGGUAAUGUGAACACAUGUAGUGAACAACAGGUUGUAAUUUGGAGUCUGUGAAUGUUUUGCACAAUAAAGCCACAUUAUGAUUUAUUCAGAACACAUGUUUAUAAAUGAGAAUGUGGAUCAUCAUCUACGUGACAGUCUACACUGGUUCUGUCUGUGAACUGUGGGAUGUACGGUGGGCUGUAUAAAUAGAGCUACAUUUAUUUUUUCUUAUUUGCUGUGGAGUCGGCUUGUACGAGAGAUACUCUGUCCUAAAUUGUAAGUUUGCAAUAUUAUGCAGCGAAAUGUGACCUAAAAUUAAAUUUCCUCCAGCAUUGAUCCAAA